AAAUCGUUUUCUGAAUCAUACUGUCAAUCUGUUCUAGACGGAACCUUCCAAAAAGAUGUUCUAGGUGGUGGUGGCGUGUACGCGACAUAUGGGAUGAGAAUAUGGUUUUCGCAUCAAGAAUCUCAACGUAUAGCAUAUUCUUUUCACAGUGGAUACGAUUUUCCCCUUAACAUCCUUCAAAGUUUAUUGGAGCUCAAUAUAUCACUUACACAAAUAUGGCAUUCGAAUCUACCCUCUAUUCGCGGGUUAAAUACAUUCAAAAGUGCGAAUCAUCGUGUAUUCGCAUAUCAAACACCACCUAUAGGAACGGUUCCGGCGGAUCUACCAA